GUUAAGCCCAAAGCCAGCUUUUCAUUAACAUUGGAUGAGAUACGUGAAAUUAUUGAGUGGGUUAAAAAUUUGAGGAUGCCAGAUGGCUAUGCUUUGAAUUUAGGAAAGCGGGCAGAUAUUAAUGAAGGAAAAAUAAUAUGUAUGAAAAGUCAUGAUUGUCAUGUAUUCAUGGAAACUUUAAUUCCUAUCGCUUUUAGUCAUCUACCCGAAAGGAUAUGGAAACCAAUCACAGAGAUAAGUCUUUUUUUUAAGAUUUGUGUUCUGAAAAGUUGUUGGAGAGUAGUUUAGACAGGAUGGAGGAAAAUAUUAUUGUUACUACUACUAAGUUGGAGAAGAUAUUUCCAUGUGGUAUCUUUGAUGUGAUGGAGCAUCUUCCAAUUCAACUUGUACAAGAGGCCCGCCUCGGAGGUCCGGUUCAAACAAGAUGGAUGUAUCCAUUUGAGAGAAAAAUUGGCAGUUCAAAGCAAACGAUUAAGCAAAGGGAAAGGAUCGAAGGAUCAUUUGUUCAAGAUCAUAUUGGGAGAGAAACUGGUGAUUUUUAUUCUUAUUACUUUGGUGAUGAUGUGUCAUGUAGGAGAAACAGGCCCAAUCGCAAUGAUGAAGGCGAUAUUGAUCCUUUAUUUCCACCGAUAUCAAAUUUUAAUCAAAAUGAUCGAGGAUCUAAAAAGUGUGAAAAGCGAGGCUUCACUGAUAUGGAAAUGCAAUCAGUUGUGAUACAUAUUUUGCUUAAUUGUCUAGAGAUUCGACCAUAUGUCAAGUAUGUAUUAAAAAUAUGUUAUUAAAUUACAUACUAAUAAGUGAUCAUUAACUAACGAAAUACUUGAAUGUAAAAUGAUCAGCUUGUUCGUAAGCGCAUGGGGUAAUGAAGCCAUCUAUACAGAAUUUUCCAAAUGGUUGAGGAACUAUGUAAGUGUUCAAUCACUAAGUAUUUAAUCAUAUAUUCAUGUUAUACUAAAUUAUAUUACUUGAAAUAACAAUCACGUAUGUUUACGAUGAAUACUCAAGUGUCCAACAUUUGCAAUUAGUGAAAGAAGUAGCACUUGGACUUGAAUCUCAAGUACUGACAAUGAAUAAGUAUUGUGUCAAUGGUUUUAAGUUUCAAACUGAAGAAGUUUCUAGGAACAAGAAAACAAAUAAUAGUGGUGUCUACAUACAAGGUGAUGUUGAUGGUACUAGUCAAACUAUUGAAUAUUAUGGUGUCAUUCUAGAGAUUAUUGAAGUGAGGUAUUCAGCUUGGCCUAAGAAGAAGAUUUUAUUGUUUCGGUGCGAGUGGUUUGACCCAUCACUUAGAGGCACAAAGGUGGACCAUCAACAUAAUAUAAUUGAAGUUAAGCACACCAGGAAAUACAGAAGUUAUGAUCCUUUUAUUAUUGCACAAAAGCUAAACAAGUGUAUUAUGCUUCAUAUCCAUUGCGUAGAGACAAAGCUAAUUGGUGGGUUGUUAUAAAAAGUAAGCAUGUGGGAAGAAUUGAAAUUGACAAUGUCUUAGAUAUGGCAUAUCAAAAUGAUGUUGCAAUUGUCAACAACAAGUUGAUGUUGAAUUGGAAACCACAC